GAGGAGGCGGGCAAUUGCGCGGCGGCCUCGCAGCGACCUCUGCGUGUGCGUGACGUCUGAGGAAGACUUCCGGGAAGCAUGGUACCAGGCAUGACCUCCCUAAACUGGCUACUUGCAAGACUUUCUUCAGAGAUUUCCCCAAAGGAAAUUGAAGCUCAGAGAGGUGAAGUCACCCAGGAUCGCACAAUGAAUGACGGAGAUGGAAUUCGAGUCCAGCCCCGUGGAGCCCCACAAGUCUCAAUUAUGCAUAAGUGUAUGUCUGUCCACGUUAGCCAGGCUGGUGUCCAGAUCAGCAAUGCCUGCUGGGAAUUCUGUUGCCUGGAAUACAACAUCCAGCCUGAUGGCCAGAUGCCAAGUGUGAAAAGACCAUUUGGGAGAGAUGACUCCUUCAACACAUUCUUCAGUGAGACAGGCACUGGAAAGCAUGUGCCCAGAGCAGUGUUUGUAGACCUGGAACCCACAGUCAUUGAUGAAGUUCACACUGGUACCUGCCGUCAACUCUUCCAUCCUGAGCAGCUCAUCACAGGCAAAGAAGAUUCUGCCAAUAACUAUGCCCAUGGGAACUACACUAUUGGCAAGGAGAUGAUUGACCUCAUCUUGGACCAAAUUCAGAAACUGGCUGACCAGUGGACAGGUCUUCAGGGCUUCUUGGUUUUCUACAGCUUUGGUGGGGUAACUGGUUCUGGGCUCACCUCCCUACUGAUGGAAUGUCUCUCCGUCGAUUAUAGCCAGAAGUCCAAGCUGUAGUUCUCCAUUUACCCAGACCCCCACCCCCAGGUCUCCACAGCUGUAGUUGAGCCCUACAACUCCAUCCUCACCACUCACAUCACCCUGGAGCACUCUUGUGCCUUCAUGGUUGACAAUGAGGCCAUCUACAAUAUCUCUCAUGGAAACCUCGAUAUUGAGCGCCCAGCCUACACUAACCUUAACGGCCUUAUUACCCAGAUUGUGUCCUCCAUCACUGCUUCCCUCAGGUUUGAUGGAGCCCUGGAUGUUGAUCUGAUCGAAUUACAGACCAUGGUGCCCUAUCUCUGCAUCUACUUCCCUCUGGGCACAUAUGCCCCUGUCAUCUCUGCUGAGAAAGCCUACCAUGAACAGCUUGCUGUAGCAGAGAUCACUAAUGUAUGUUUUGAGCCAUCCAACCAGAUGCUGAAGUGUGACCCUCGCCACAGUAAAUACAUGGUUUGUCAAUUGUGCUGUGGUGAUGUGAUUCUUAAAGAUGUCAAUGCUGCCAUUGCCACCAUCCACACUGAGCAUGCCAUCUGUGUAGACUGGUGCCCCACUGGCUAAAAAGUUAUAAUUUGUUACCAGCCUCCCACUGUGGUACCUGGUGGAGACCUGGCCAAAGUACAGCCAGCUGUGUGCAUGCUGAGCAACACCACUGUUGCUGAGGCCUGAGCUUCCCUGGACCACAAGUUUGACAUGAUGUGUGUGGGGCGCGGCUACAGUAUAUGUGCUUUUGUUCACUGGUAUGUGGGUGAGGGCAUGAAGGAAGGAGAAUUUUCUGAGGCCCACGAGGACAUGGCUGCCCUUGAGAAGGAUGAGGAAGUUGGAGCAGAUAGUGCUGAGGGAGAGGAUGAGGAUGAAGAGUAUUGACCUGUCUGCUGCAAUGUUACAAUCUGGUGGGG